UUGUGCCAUUCACGCAUGGGUGUCAUCGGGACCGGCCGCAUCGAAGAAACGGACCAUGGACGGCCCAGGAAAAUCAGCAACAACACCCGUAUAAACAUCAGCGGUGUGGCUGCGCGGCCGGCAGAAAUGGUUGAUGUCCCUGGGGGCGAAGGCGACAACAACGGCAAGGUUACGCUGGUGAUCCAUAAGUACGAGACGCCCCCUGGUGCCGAAAAGCAGCACGUUGUACCGAUCGAAGACUUGGAGAGAUACGUCACCGCCAUGAAACAGUCCGGGGGCUUCAAGGAACAACUCGCGACCCUCAAGACUGGCCAGCAGAAGCCAUGGACGGUUGCCCAGAAGCCGGAGAAUAAGCACAAGAACCGAUACGCUGACCUUCUGCCGUACGAUGACACUCGUGUGAUCCUGCAUCCGCUCAAGAACGAUCCCUCUUCGGACUACAUAAACGCAAACUACAUAAACCGUGCUGCGGCCAGCCGUGCGUUCCGCCUAUUGUCCCGGAGGUCAUGCCGAGGGGCCGCGCGUUGUGCGUUACUUCCGGGUUACCGCAAGCCCAAGGCCUACAUCUGUACUCAAGGCCCAGUGGAGAAGACAGUGCAAGACUUCUGGCGCAUGGUGUGGCAAGAGGAAAUCUGCAAGUUUAUUAUGGCUGCCAACUUGGUGGAAGACGGAAAGCCGAUCAGGAUAACCACGGGCAUCUCACGCAAGGUUGAGCGGUACUGGCCUGAGACCUGCAGCAAGUAUGGCGACAUCAUGGUGACGCUGGUGUCCGAGGAGGUGUUCGUCGACUACAGCAUCCGGACCUUCAAAGUCCACAAGUCUGGCGCGGCGUCCAAGCGUGUGGUGAAGCAGUUUCACUUCACGGCGUGGCCCGACCACGGCGUGCCGGCCCACCCGCUGUCGCUGGUCGAGAUGAUCGAGCUCGCCAAGGCACACGCACCAUCCAGCAAAGCGCCGCUCCUUCUACACUGCAGCGCUGGCGUCGGCCGCACGGGCACCAUCGUCCUGAUGGAGGCGGCGCUCGACAUGGUGCGGGCCGAGAAGCGUGUCGACGUUAUGGGCCUGCUGUACAAGCUGCGCCAGCAGAGAGUCAACCUCGUCGAGACGGCGGAGCAGUACGAGUUUGUGCACGCGGCGCUUCUGGAGCGGCUGUUCGGUGAACCGACGAGGCAGCCCCGAGGCAGUCUGGCCACUUACUUCAGCCGCCUCCAGUUGGAAAAGAGCGGCGGAACGACGGACCUGGAACGGCAGUACGAGAAAUUGAAGCAGCUGUCGCCUCCUCUGCCAUCCGAGAAAUGCAAGUUCGCACUCAUCAACGAGAACCGUCUCAAGAACAGAUCGAUUGAAAUACUGCCCGAUGAAGACGGCCGACCGAUUCUGGGGGCAGGAGCAUCGUCCGUUUACGUCAACGCCGUCUACACCAACGGCUACGCGAGCAAGAGGACGUAUAUCGUGACGCAGUAUCCGCUGAUCAUCACAGUGGAGGACUUCUGGCAGCUCGUCUACAACUCCGGAUCGCAGACAAUCGUGCUUCUCAACGAUGUCGAUGCCAAGGAUGAGACGUGCCCGGUGUUCUGGCCACAUACUGGGAGCAUGCACCACCGGCACUUGCGCGUUGAUCACGUCUCCACCGAUGUCGUCACCGGUGGAGUUCUCCAGCGGAGGUUCAAGCUCAGGAACACAGCCAAGUCUCCCAAGUCCCGGCUUUUGAAGCAGUUCCAUCUCCAGGGCUGGCGCAAGGGCGAUGUCGCCCCGCCAUCCGUAGACCUCCUGGUGCGACUCCUCGGCAAAGUGGAGCGCUGGCAGCGGAAGUGCACACCCGAGAAGCCCACCGUGGUCGCAUGCUUCAAUGGAGCCACCGCGUCGGGCCUCUUCUGCGCGGCGUCCUUCCUGGCAGAUCAGCUGCAGGCCGAGCGCCACGCCGACAUCCUCAUGGCGGCCCGCACAGUGCGACAGCACAGGCCCACAUUCCUGCCUUGCCUGAACCAGUACCGCUUACUCUACGAAGUGGCCUGCGCAUUGGCUACUCCCAAGCACAGCAAGCUUCGCUGAUUCAAGAAGGUGGAGAUUCCUUCGCCGACAUCCAUUCCGUCCCGUGCGAUGGCGGCCCCCAUAGAACCCCGAUUGUUCGAGGCUACAGAAAUGCCCACGACCCGGGAGGCCUUCGGGAAGAAAAACGGUAGCUGGUGUGGCUACUACUUUUUGAAUUAUCACUUCCUGACUGUUCUCAUAUUUUCUUGCCGAGUCUCCGCGAUGCAUUUCUGUGAUCUAAAGCUGCUUUAUAUUAUUUUCAUUAUGACUUACUUCUCACUGAACUGUAGGCAUCGGCUGUUUAUCAUUUGUCCGAACGUUGUGUCCACCCAGAAAUUAUAUAUGACGUAUACACGCGCCAUUCUAUUGAAGGGCGAGUGAACACAAAGUGCAUGACUGAAUAACUCUGAUUCCUGCUGAUGUCUCCUGUCCACAGGCCAAGCGAAGCCGCUAGUACCGUACUACUAGAUGCAUCGCCAAUGCUAAAUUUGGGGCAUGUAAAUUCUGAACCUCUCAUGUUCAAAACUUUUCAUUUUAUUUUUGAAAGUUAAAACAGAAUGCAGGUACCAUUAAUAUUACUUCUUGCAUUUUUCACCAUACAGUUCAACCUUAGCGAUUUAUCACGCAGACGUUUGCUCCAUCGGAUAACAGACUCUGAUCUCUGUAUCCUGACAUGACAUGAUGUGACGUGAUAUUUUGGUGUGCAGCAACUGUUAAAGACCAACGAAGGGACCCUGAAAUGUGACGAUGAACUUCAUGCUUUGUUGCUUUACGAUGUCUUCGCGCGAGUCAUCCUUUACGAUGGGAUCUGAUAUCUUUACAUGCAUUAGCACCUGUGUAUAUCGCAGAUUCCUUUAUUUCAUCAUUUGAGCUGUUUUCUGUGUUGAAUGCAAACUGCAUUGCUCAAUUUUGCACUUUCUUGCUGUAUGCGCUUCAUGCGAGUUUGUAGUUAUGAACUUAGUUUAUUCUUUCAUUGGCCUGAGAAAUUGUAGAUAGAUUCUUAGGUGUACAUUAUUGGCAUUUUUUCAUGUUAUGCAAUAUAGCAGCACGGGCAACAACUAUUUGAUUGACGCAGAAAAAAAACCUAUUCACACAAAAGUUCACACAACACUGAGAGAUCUCUUUCCUACUUGUGGUAAUUUCAGCAGUUUGUGUUGAUUACGACAAAAAUUUACGUUUAGAUGCGCCUAUAUAAUUUGCUGUCAGAUUCAGUGAUAAUUGUUGUAAUUCGAGAUUGCCUCCUGUUUUGUUUAGGUUUCAGCAUAAAGGAGAUUCUCGAGGUUGACUGACUUUAGGUAUGUGUGUUCUCAAUCGGGAGUUGCUGGUAAUUUCUACCGAUCGCAUUAGCAAAAUUAUUAUCUGAACAUCAUCGCACCAGAUUUCAUCUCAGAUCGCGCCUUUGGCUGCGAUGAUGUAGAUAUUCUAUGUGAAUGGGCUGUGUCGUUGCCGCAAGUCCUGCGCGCCUGUUUGAAACAAAGUGUCGGGUAUACGAUGUCGCAAAAACCUUGUGUCCGGAAAUUAGGCACAGCUCUAUUGUAUUCUCUCUGUGUGUUGCUGUGCACCAAAAAUUCCGCAAUUUGGGGUGCCGAGAGGAAAAAGAAAGUGCCUUGCCUUGUUCCCAAUAAAGCGUGAGUUGAGCACGUUA